AUGGACAAUACGCUGGCAUCUCUUUCUGUGGUGGCAGGCAUUUCCCUUCACUUGUUGGUUUUUCGCCAUGGAGAAUGGGAUACCUCAUCACCUUCCGUUGUCAUAUGCCACCUGCUCUUGCUGUCAAUCGGUCCUGCGAGCGCAUACUAUGGCAUUAUCCAAAGCUGUUCACCCCUUUUAGUCUGGAAGAUUGGAGGCUACUACCUACUCGGACUGUACAGUCUCGUCUACCGUGGGUUUCUCCACCGUCUAUGCCAAUUCCCCGGGCCAUUUCUGGCACGACUGUCCAAUUUCUACCUUACGCGGUUGUCGGCUAAGAACUUGCAUCUGUAUGAAGAGGUGCAGGCUCUGCACCGGGAAUAUGGUGACAUUGUGCGCGUGGGCCCCUCCAAGCUAUCUAUCACCCAUCCGGACGCUGUCAAAGCAAUUUACAGCAAUGCAUACCCGCUACCAAAGGACCAUGGUAUACACUGCUCGACCCGCGCGUUUCUUUGUCAUUCUCGCGCGACAAACAGGUUCACGCCCGUCGGCGGAGGGUUUGGGAUCAGGCGCUUAGUACUAAAGGUGAAUUUACGGAUAAAUCAAUCACUGUAUAGCAAACUAACCCUUUCAGCCCUCCAAGCCUAUGAGCCCGUUGUGCAAGUGUACUCGAAUCAAUUGGUCGAUGUGAUCGACCGCGACCUUGACAAACCCAUUGACAUCACGCGAUGGCUGAGUUACUACGCCUUCGACGUGAUGGGCAAUCUAGCAUUCGGCAAAACCUUUGAUAUGAUUCGUGACGGAAAGGAAUCGUACUUUCUCCAGACAAUUCGCACUGAUAUGAGUGUGAUUGGCUAUCUCAAACACCAGCCCUGGUUGUUUCCGUUGUUUGCGAAGACGCCGCUGCUAAAUGCUAACCAUCUGGCCUUUUGGAAAUGGAUUGAGGAUCGCAUGACAGAACGGAUUGAGUCAUGGAAAGGAGAUCGCCGGGAUGUUUUCGCCUGA